CGGGCGGGCCCCGGGGCGCGGCCCCGAUGCUGGACACGAGCGAGGCGCGCGCGCGGCCGCCCGGCAGCCCGUCGGGCACCGGCAGCUCCAUGUCGCACGCGGAGGACUCGGACUCGGACGCGCCGCCGUCGCCCGCCGGCUCCGAGGGCGCGGGGGGCGCGGGGGGCGCGGGCGGCGGCAGGGCCGAGGCGGCCGAGGCGGCGGACGAGCGCUUCCCCGCCUGCAUCCGCGACGCCGUGUCGCAGGUGCUCAAGGGCUACGACUGGAGCCUGGUGCCCAUGCCCGUGCGCGGCGGCGGCGGCGCGCUCAAGGCCAAGCCGCACGUCAAGCGGCCCAUGAACGCCUUCAUGGUGUGGGCGCAGGCGGCGCGCCGCAAGCUGGCGGACCAGUACCCGCACCUGCACAACGCCGAGCUCAGCAAGACGCUGGGCAAGCUGUGGCGCCUGCUGAGUGAGCAGGAGAAGCGGCCUUUCGUGGAGGAGGCGGAGCGGCUGCGGGUGCAGCACAAGAAGGACCAUCCAGACUACAAGUACCAGCCGCGCCGCAGGAAGGGCGUGAAGGCAGGCCACGGUGACGUGGACCCGGGCGCCGAGCUGGGCCCCCACCCCGGCAGCAACGGACCACACCACCCUGGCGACCACACAGGGCAGACCCACGGGCCGCCCACCCCGCCCACCACCCCCAAGACGGACGCGCAGCCCGGCGCCAAGCAGGAGCCGAAGCCCGGGGGUCGCCGUCUGCUGGACAGCGGGCGCCAGAACAUCGACUUCAGCAAUGUGGACAUCUCGGAGCUGAGCAGCGAGGUCAUGGGGAACAUGGAUGCCUUCGACGUGCACGAGUUCGACCAGUACCUGCCACUCGGCGGCCACGUGGCCCUCCCCGCCGAGCCGGGCCAGGCGGCCGGCGGCCCCUACGGCAGCGCCUCCUACCCCCACCCUGGGGCGGCCCCCAGCUGGGCCCCCAAAGGCCCCGGCUCAGCCUCGCCUUCGCCCCCCGCGGCAGGCCCCUCACGACCCCACAUCAAGACGGAGCAGCUGAGCCCUGGUCACUACAGCGAGCGGCCGCACGGCUCGCCCGGCUCCUACAGCGCCCAGGCCUGCGUGGCCACGGCUGCCCCCGCCACGGCCACCGGCUCGUUCGCCGGCUCGCAGUGCGACUACACCGAGCUGCAGGCCUCCAACUACUACAGCCCGUACCCUGGCUACCCGUCCGGCCUCUACCAGUACCCCUACUUCCACUCGUCCCGCCGGCCCUACGCCGCACCCCUGCUCAACAGCCUGGCCGUGCCGCCCGUGCACAGCCCCCCCAGUAACUGGGACCCGCCCGUGUACACCACCCUCACCCGGCCCUGAGGCACGAGGGAUGGACGGACGCGCGGGGGGCCUCGCUCGACGGAGGGAGACGUGGGAGCACCACGGCCUGGCGGGGAGCGGGGGCCUGCACCGCUCCGGGUGCCUGCGGAGCCAAGUGAUGCUCGGGUGCUUGUCAGCAGAUGUCCCCUGCCCCAGGCCGCCCGGCGUCCGUCAGCAGACGGUCCUCUGUCGUCCUUUCUCUCUCCCUCUGCGACGACGGGUGAUGCCGGCACGAAGGGCGACCGUUUGUUGGCUCUUCUGGGAGGACCCACGGACGCCAGAGCCUUGGCUUUGCCCCUGGGUGAAUGCAAAGCAGCAGCCUCAGCACAAAGAACAAAAGGGGGGAGAGGCGUGAGUUCUCUCGGCCACUGCGUCUGGAGGGCCGGGCUGCCCUCGGCGCCAAGAACUCUCUGGGGCCAGUGGGCGACGGCCCCGCGACGACGGCGGGUUGUCUGCAGGCUCGGCGGGCAUCCAGCCACACGGGCGUCUCCGGGGACCGGCCGCGGCUCCGAGGAGAUCCUUGUCUCCAGCUCUCGCAAGCAAGGUUUGGCCGAGAGUAACCCUUCCAUUUUUAUUACUGUUAUUGUUAUUGAAGCUUAAAAGUGUUUGAUUUCUUCCAAAAGCUGUUAAAAAUGUAUUUAUGUUCUGUAUUAUUUUGUCUUUAAUUAACAAAAUAAUUUGUGCAAAGAGUAGAGUUUAAAACAGAGUGAAAGCUGGGGAGGCUUAGCAUGAAGGGCAGGUGGGAUUUGGGCCCCUGGCCCCCGAGCAGAGCCGAGUCGGCCCCAGGAGGCCCCGGACAGGGCGGCUCAGGCCGCGCUCGGUGGCCGCGGAGGCCGCGGGGGGAGGCGGCUUUGCUGCUGGCGGGGACCCCGCCCUCGGCUCCGGGUCGGCUGGCACUUGGGAGGCAGGGGUGUCGCCGAGCCCGCGGCCGUGCCAAGCAGUAGGAGGUCGGAAUUUCCUGGGAAGGACGGGGCGGCUGCACAGACACACUGAUGCUGGCUGAGGAACCAGGCGGCCACGACCAAGCUGUGAAACUAAGACUUUCUCCACUAAACGUUUUCAGAUUCUUAGCUGUCAAAUAACACCAGAUUUACCUAUGGUUUCGGCCGCGCGCCGAAUGUAUGAUAACUGCUACUUCAUGGAAGCUUGUGCCUUUAAAACUUUGUAAAUUUAAAUACGUUUGAGAAGUUGCUUCUUUUUACUUUUUCUACUUGUUCCUACCUUUUUCUAAGGGUUUUUUUUUGGGGGGGGCAUAUUUUUUCUGGGGGUGGGGGCAGGGAACUGCAACAAAUUCACUUUUAUGCAAUCUAUUUUUCUGUGUCGUUUGGAAAGACUUUAGCCGUCACUUACCUGCUGUGUUUCACUAUUUUCUGACCAGGCAACACUAACUUUUGUACAGAUCGAUUUGAUAAAAUUAAAAAAAAAAAAUGCUUCGUCUCUGCA